UGUCUGCUCCAAUGUUAUUGUGCAUGUCAUGGAUAGUGGAGUUAAACAAGGUGAGUUUAUGACUGCAAGGACAGACAGCAAACACAGACGUUUAAAUGUUUUAGCAGCAGUAACGUUCAUCUGAGGGGAUAUCAAGGACGCACUCGAAAGAGAAGAAGGAUCUCAGUGACUUUUGAAAAAGAUAUUCUUUUUGUGGGUCCACCACCACCAUCAUCAUCAUGGUGGAGAUAAAGAGUUACUGUGAAGUGGGAGUCUCCAUGCAGCAUGUCUGGGUGGAGGGCGGUCUGACUCUCUGCUUCUACUUCACCCUGGUGCCAUCCGUCCUCCUCACCCUCUCCUUCCUCUUCGGCACUUUUCUGUGUAUAUGCUACAGACGCUACGGCACAGACAUGGAGCCCAAGUUCAUCCCUCGCUCUCGACUUUACCGGCUCCAAGUGGGCCUGUCAGUGCUGCUCGUCCUGCAGGCUCUGGGCUGGAUGGUGUUUCGAAUCACUCGGAGCGGAGAGCUACCGGGAUACGUGGUUCUGUCUGGCUGUCUCUCCAUGCUGGGCUGGAUUUGGGCCAUGGCCCUGCUUCAUCUGGAGAGGAGGAGGGUUCUGGUGCGGGACAGAACCAGAGGACACAGUACGGUACUGUUGCUGUACUGGGCCAUAGCAUUUGCGGCUGAAAACCUGGCGUUUGCGUCUUGGAUGAGCCCUCAGUGGUGGUGGACUCUGGAAAAGUCUGAUCAACAGAUGGAGUUUACUUUCUGGCUAGUUCGAUACUUCGCCUCAGGAUUGCUGUUCCUGUUAGGCCUCAAAGCUCCAGGCUUGCCACGCCGACCGUACAUGCUUCUGAUCAAUGAAGACGAGCGAGAUGUGGAGCAUGGUGUACCACUCUUGGGUAAUUCUGAUGAGAAUCAGUCUACUUGGAAAGAUUUUGGGAAGAAGGUGCGUCUGUUGGUGCCGUACAUGUGGCCUAAAGUGAACCAGCUGACAGAUGGGAGCUCUUGGAAGACUCUGGCAACUACAGUGUGUGUUUACGGACUCCUGAAGUUCCUGCAGGGAGGUGGAGCUGGUGCAUCUGGGUUUGUGAGUAACAUGCGUUCGUUCUUGUGGAUUCGAGUGCAGCAGUACACUAACCGCAUGGUCCAGGUGCGUCUCUUCGCUCAUCUGCACUCUCUGUCUCUGCGCUGGCACCUGGGUCGCCGCACAGGGGACAUCCUGAGAAGCAUCGACAGAGGAACCUCAUCUAUCAACAACCUGCUGAGCUACAUAGUGUUCAGCAUCUUCCCCACUAUUGCUGACAUUGUCAUCGCCAUUGCCUAUUUCAUAUCCAAUUUUAAUGCCUGGUUUGGCCUCAUAGUCUUCGUGUGCAUGGCCCUUUACCUCACUCUCACUAUUGUAAUCACUGAAUGGAGAACGAAAUACAGACGAGAUAUGAACACACAAGAUAACAAUGCCAAAUCAAAAGCUGUGGACUCUUUAUUGAACUUUGAGACGGUUAAAUAUUACAAUGCAGAGGUUUAUGAAGUAAGACGCUUUGAGGAUGCUAUCAUGAAAUAUCAGGUAUCGGAGUGGAAGACCAACGCCUCUCUGGCGUUCUUAAAUCAAACGCAGAACCUCAUCAUCGGUUUGGGUCUUUUGACCGGAUCUCUGCUCUGUGCGUACUUCGUGACAGAGGGAAAGUUUCAGGUAGGAGAUUAUGUGCUGUUUGUGACGUACAUCAUCCAGCUUUACACUCCUCUCAACUGGUUUGGAACAUACUACAGAAUGAUCCAGAACUCUUUCAUUGAUAUGGAAAGCAUGUUCAAGCUCUUCACUGAGGAAGAAGAGGUGAAGGAUGAUGUCAACGCAGGAAACCUCAACUACACACAGGGAAAAGUAGAGUUUGAGAAUGUCUUCUUCAGCUACACACAAGGCAAGGAGAUUCUAAAAGAUGUCUCUUUUACCGUACUUCCCGGUCAAAUAGUUGCACUUGUUGGACAGUCUGGAUCAGGAAAGAGCACCAUCAUUCGUCUGAUUUUCCGUUUUUAUGACGUUCAGGGAGGGUGUAUAAAGAUAGACGACCAAGACAUCUCAAAGGUGAAGCAGUCCUCUCUACGCGCUCAUAUUGGCGUCGUCCCUCAGGAUACCGUCCUGUUUAAUGACAACAUUCGAGACAACAUCCGCUACGGCCGAGUUACUGCUACUGACCAGGAGGUGGAGGAGGCUGCGACUGCCGCUGACAUCCAUGACAAAAUCAUAACCUUCCCGGAUGGCUAUGACACUCAGGUGGGUGAGAGGGGGCUAAAGGUGAGCGGAGGAGAGAAGCAGAGAGUCGCCAUUGCUCGCACCAUCCUCAAAGCGCCACAAAUCAUCCUCCUCGAUGAGGCCACAUCUGCUCUAGACACACAGACUGAGCGAAAUAUUCAGGCCUCACUGGCUAAAGUCUGCACCAACAGAACCACCAUUGUGGUGGCACACAGAUUGUCGACUGUCAUUGGAGCCGAUGUGAUUCUUGUACUUCGUGAUGGACAGAUUGUGGAGAGAGGAAGGCAUGAGGAGCUGUUGGCGAAGGGAGGCCUGUACUCUGACAUGUGGCUGAAACAGCAGCAGGCGCAGGAUUCAGACUCGGCCUCUGACACGGAGACGAAAGACAGGAAAUCUGAGAAACUACAGCCACAAACAUCCACUGCAGGAAACAAGGGACAUUAGACACUUGGGACAUGCAAUCAGACCUGGUUUUGUGUGUAUUUUAAGCUCGUCCAAUGCAGUUUUGACAUGUUAGAUGAUAAUUAUUCAAUAUCAUAUUAUGUUUUUGCCAGUUCUUAAAAGUGGCCCAUAUUGCCUAAGGAUUUAUUUAUUUAUUUAUUUAUGUAUUUAUUUAUUUAAGUCUAAUUUUAUAUUUCUUUGCCAUUACUUCCCUCUCUUUUCCCUCAAAGUGCAUUUAUAUCGCUAAUUAAUAUGGCCAUAAAUGAGAGAGUAAUAAGACUGACAGAGGUGUUACUGUGCAUUAUAUGCUCUGACAAUGAUGGCUCCUUUCACUACUAUAACGUCAUUAUGCUGAAUGUACAAUGGGUUUAUUUUAUUUAAGUCAUUUAAGUGGAUUUUCUCCGGUUGCAUUGCUUCUCUGAUGCUUCCGAUUUGCUGUUGUUGGUAAUAGAGAACAUUUGAAAACUGCUUGUAGUUGUAAAAAUGAUCUACACCAGAACAAAUUGUAAUUGAAUUUAGUUUGAAAGUAAAUAAUGAUAUUUCUGGUGCCAUUGUGUAACAGUAAAUACUGAUAUAUGAAUUUCUAUAAAGACUAAGAUUAUGUUUAAAUUUAGGAUUAAGUUAUAGGCAGAGGGGAAAACAAUCUUUGUCAAUUUUAAUAUUAAUUUCUGACAUGUGCACAUUUUUACUUUCUUUAGGAUCAUGUGUGUGUUUUAAGAUCAUUUUCUUAUGCUGUAUAUGUGGAGUGCUAGUUAUUGCGUAGAUGCAAUAGAUUUCUGUACUGUACAACUUCAGUUCAACUAAAGGGACAAAGGAGCUUGCUCAUUUUAUAGGACUGACACUAAACUCAGGGGACAAGGUUGAAAUGAGCCUUUGGGAUGUGUAAUUGUUCACUCGUGUAAAUUUCUUGACAAAGAAGCUUUUUAGUACAUUUGUAUUGAUUAUUCAA